GCUCUCUCUUGAAGAGAGAGAAAGAAAACCGAGAAAAGAGAAAAUGGAAAAUGGCUUUUGUUUGUACUGAGAAAGAGUCCAUUUGAGGAGUGAUUGAAUAAACCACGAACCCAAGUGUCCUCAUUUGCUUACCUGUGUCUGUUUCGUAACCAUAUUGAAUUGAAGCAUGCAAAUACAGGAAGCAGAGGAAGAAAUAUAUAUGUAUUGACAAGCUUCUCCUGCUCUGUCUAGUGUUUUCUUAUCUUUUUCCGUUAAGAAUUGAACUCCAAUGGCUUCUGAUCUCUUCCUAAUCGACGAUGUCGUUUCAUCUGAUAUCGACGUCGACCUCCAGUUCCUGUCCGACGCCUUCUCUCCCUUCUCCGACUCGCCUCUCGACUUCCUCCAAGCAAUUCAGGAUGACCCAGUGAAGGAGAAGCCAGAGGAUGAGGUUGAGGUUGAGGCUGAGGCCCAGGUGGUGGAGCAGGCUGUUCCGUCUGUUCCGAUGCUGCAUUCGUCGCCGCCUAGUCGGGAAAUGGAGAGCCUCUCGCUUCGCCGGAGCACCCAUUUGGCGGUGGUGGAGAAUGGGACGGGUUUGGCGAGCGGGUUUGUGGGGCUUUCUGGUUUGGAUGCUGUGAAACCAGAGCAACGUGGGGUGAGUUUGGAGGAGUGUUUUUACAAUCCUGUUUUCGGCGCUCACAGCUAUGGCGGUGAUGAGAGUGCAGCGAGGAUGAUGCAGAGGAGCUUUAGCAGCCACUCGUUCGACGGGAGACGUGGGUUUUUGUUUCAGCCUGGCUUCAAUGCUCCGCCGGGGUCUCCCAAUUUCCAGAAUCCAAUCAUCCGCUCGCCGGAAAACCUCUUUUUCAACGGCCACAUGAGACGGGUUUGUAGCGCUGGAGACUUACAAACCAACCACAGGCAAUUCUCACCGGAUGCGGCCAGCUUCAGGGUGGGGCGUUACAGUGCUGAAGAGAGGAAGGAGAGGAUUGACAAGUACAGAGCCAAGCGCACACAGAGGAAUUUCAACAAGACAAUCAAGUAUGCAUGUCGAAAAACACUAGCAGACAGUCGCCCUCGAGUACGUGGCAGGUUUGCACGCAAUGAUGAAAUUGAAGAAACUCCCAAGGCUGAAUGUUUCAAUGCCUACGAAUACGAGCAACAGCCAUGGGCUCAUGACUUCCAUGAAGGAGGAUAUGGUGGACGAGCAGUGCGAGGAGGACCCUUGUACAACAGCUAUGGCUCCACCCCAUUUCAGUACUAUGGCUUUGGGUAGUCCAAGCCUUUUCAGGAGGAGCUUUCUUGGGAUGUAUAGAUCCGAAAAAUGAGCCCACACAAUCCUCUUAUUCAGUAGAGAGGUACUUGAAUAAACCACCAACAUAUGGGUACAUAGUAGUUGUCUCCAUUAGAUAGAAGCCUUUUCCAAAUGUUUCAGGCAAAUGUAGUUGCGCUCUUGUCUUUUUCUUUUCUUUUUGGCUCACUUUUCAUUCUCUAGUUUGUAAAUGAUACAAUCAAUUAUGACUUUGUUAUGAUAUAAAUCUUUUACCUCA